AUGGUCAGUUUCCGAGACUCGUCCGUCGUUAUCAUCGAGUCCGGCAGAACACUCAUCAGAGCAGGCGUUGGCUUGCAAGAUCUGCUCAAGGCGCCAUCUAUUGAAAUACAAGCUCGCGUCGGUCUGCGACGCAAUCCAGGUGAUAGUGCAAAUGGCUCAUUCUCUCUGAAGCCAGGCGAGAGUAGCGAUAAUCUGCGUCCCUCUGCAUCCAGCAGUCGUGCAUCGACUUUGCCUUCUCAGCCUAAUCCCUCGGCGAAGGUUCACGACUAUCUCGUCGGCUCACAACUAGACGAAGCUCUCGAAGCUGGUCAUGAUAUUAUCGUCUCAUGGCCAUUUGCAGAUGGUGAUGUUCGUGAUUGGACUCAAGCGGAGGCACUCUGGAAAUAUGUUCUGUUCCAUACACUUCAACUCAAGCGAACUCAGAACGAGUGUCCUGUUAUGCUGUCCAUGCCAGCAGGCCUCUUCAGAGAUUCGUCAGAACGCAUAUGCCAAAUCUUUUUCGAGCGCUUCAAUGUCGCAGGCUUCGGUCUUCUUGACCGCCCCAUGGCCCAGCUCUAUGCCGCUGGACAGCUCAGCGGAGUCGUGGUCGAUAUCGGUCACGAAAUAACCGACAUCACCCCAAUUUACGAUGGAUUCAUUAUGCAAAACGCUCGUUCGUCUACACCUGUAGGCAUCAGAGAUUGUCAAGUUUACCUCGCCAACCUCCUGCGCUUCAAUCAGUCAGUCAUGGCGGCGGCAUCACCUCCGGACAAACCGAGUGACCCGGAGGUUACUCAGAGAUUCUUAGACGAUCUGGUUAAGCAUGUUUGGGUGGAAGGCCUUGUCCGCGUUCCAUCAGACGGGCAAACGGUAGAUAUACCAGAAGAUGAAAUCACAGAUAUAGCGGCAGUCCUCGUUGCUGGCAAGGAAAAGGCCGUCAUUGAGACGGGGAUGAAAAAAAAGCUGACUGCCAAGGCUUCUGCUGCAGAGCAAGCUCGGGCGAGGGAGAUUGAAGCACUUGAUCUUGUCACUGUGGAGUUCCGCGGACACUCUAUCACUCUGGGCAAAGAGCGGCAUCGGUUUUGCGAGCCGCUUUUUGAUCCUAUGCUGCUGAACGAGCUGCCUGUCGAGCGUGUGGAUCCUUAUGAAGGGAGAAUAUUGCCCUUGCAGGAGGCUGUUGCAUUUUCGGUUCGCCAAACGGAUGUCGCCCAAAGGCAAUACAUUUGGCAAGGUUUGUUUAUUAAUGGCGAUCUUACAAAUCAUGUCAAAGGCAUCGGAGCUGCACUGCAGUCGCGGUUAGCGCCUUUCAUCCUUAGCACUCCAGAUCAGGCAACUGACGUGCAGCCGCGCUCGAUUCGAGUACUGACUGUGCCUGAAUACUUUGCUGAAUACCGAGAAAAAGGAGAUGGCUUUGCGGCUUUCCUUGGUACUAGCAUUGUUGCGAAGAUCGCGUUCAAUGAGUCGCAUGGGAAGAACUUUGUGUCAAAGACUGAUUAUAAUGAGAAGGGGCCACACGCUAUUCUAGAAAUGUCUCUAGCUUCGUUGUAA